UUUUUAUUUUUAUUUUUAAUCUCAUUUGGUUCCCCCAUCUGUCGCCUCACGCUUCCUCUAAUCCUCUGCUCUGCGCCUCUGCCUCGCCCACGCCCACCGCCCACCAGUCACCAGAUUGACGUCCAGCGGUCCUGAAGCCGGCACCCGUUACGCUCAGGCUCCGUCUAACCGUCUUCAUCCUCAGGCCUCAGAGGUAGUGCUGUGAGUGAAGAGAAUAUGGCGUGUACCAUUGAUUUUAGGUGCCUGGAUGAGGGCUUCGGAGGCAAAACUUACAAGCGAAAGAGGGCAGAGAAUGAAGCCCCCAACGAUGUAUCAGAGGAAGACGCUGCCGCCAUGGAGGUGGAAAAGGAAAACGGCCCCCCUCCAUCGAAAAGGCAGGCGGUCCCUUCUUCUGAGGAUCCAAACAAGCCGGUGCUGGGGAAGCCGACGUACGACGGUGUUAUAGCAGGGAAGGUGUCAGGGAGGAAGUGGAAGCAGGCGCGGACGCACAGGUCGUCGGCAGUGCAGGUGAGCCGGAAGGGGAAGACGCUGGAGCAGAGGGUGAAGGAGAAGGAGAUAAAGAAGGCGUACAAGGAGAGAAUAAACGAACUGAAAGAGGAGAUACGGCAGAACAAGAUAGAGAAGCGGCAAAAGAGGGAGGAGAGGGAGAAGAGAAAGAAGGACAACAUUCUCAAGUCUGGCACCAAGUUCCAGAAGAUCACCAACCCUAAGACUCUUAAGAAAAUUGCCAAGUCUGCUAAGCAUAAGAAGCUCCUCAAGGUUGUUUCCUAUGAUCUUCUUAAGGCUGGCAACAACAAGAAGUAGCACUUUUACCUUCCUUACAUUAUAGGUCUCUGAAAAUGGUAUGAUUUUGUUUGCUACCUUUUAUUUCAAGUUCAAUGAUGUAAACUGUGUUAGGAGGGCCAACAGGACUAGUGUUGAGAAGAGGAUUAUUAUUAGUUAACAAAUUGGUACAUUAAAAAUCUAUUAUAGCAAAUGCAAUGAUUUUACGAAAA